UUUCCGGCCUCGUAGGAUUUGGGGAAGAAAACCCGGUGCGUGAGCUUUGGCCUGCAUGGGUAGGUCUUUGAUAAUGUUGGUUUACCACUUGAUAAUGAUUUUCCGCCAAAUCGGAUAACCAGUUUGCGAAGCGCGUGAAACGAGUAAUCGGGGCCCAAUACAGGGGGUCUAAAGUCAUCUGCUCCAUUUUUGAAAAGCGACCACGGCCAGGCACCAAUCGAAAAUCUUAAUAAUAACAGGAGAAAAAUAUCAAUCUUGCAACAGCGAAAAGAACCAUUUAAUUGAAAUAUAAAUCAAAGCACCACACGGCGGUCAGGAAGAAUUUCCCAACAGAUUUAUUUUCCCUGAUAGUGGAGACUCAUUAUCACAUGCGAAACCGGACUAACCUUUGUUCCGACUAUCUCGGUGAUGGGUCCAUCGCCGAGCAACCCGGACGGGUUGAUUACUCAAUUCAAACAACAUAAUUGGGUUUUCGUAAUCAUUAUGAGGGACCGAGCCAUCAUUGCUGGCGUCAGUGCUGUCGUCAUCGGGCUCUUUUAUGAGUUCUUCCUUAAAGAUAUUCUGUUUAUCGCGAUUGGUAUAGGACGAACUAUCCAGCCAAUCGAGGAUUUCCCUUACAGCUGUCACAAAAUAUAUGGCCCUGAAAAUAUACUUGAAAGCUGCGAAGAUCUCUGGCUUGACGAUGAAGGCCGCACCCUCUAUGGAGCGUGUGUUGAUCUGAAGUCUCGCCAUCAAUGGAGUCCAGGCGGUGACAAGUUCAACGUGUCAGGGCGAACCACAAAUGGACGCUUUGUAGCCCUUAGCAUUGAUUCGCCGGGGUCAGACGGCAACUAUGGAGCCCACAGACUUCAAAUCACCGGCAACUACCUUGGGCCAGCGGGAUCCAAGGCCAUCGACCCCAACGGAUUUGACGUGGAAAUCCUACCCAAUAACCGUUUGAGGUUUUGGAUGACCAACCUUCGUCCGCCCGUAGAUGCUGUUUCAGGAGAGUUUCUGGAUGCUAUGAACAUCGGCGCCAAUGCUACCGUCGAGUCCUUUGAACUUGUUAGGGGUGAGAACGAGCUAAAGUGGACGGGAACAUUUGGUGCAAAUGACGGAGUCCUGCAUUCUACGAACAAGGUUGCUGCGGAUUUGAAUGGAGGAUUUGUAGUGUCCAACGAUCACAGCGUUCCAAGUGGUCUGCGCCGCUCCCUCGACCUUAUUCUCGGAGGAGGAUCCAUCGCCCACUGCACUAGCUCCAACGAUUGCAAAAUCGCAGUUGACGGCCUCUCCUUCCCCAACGGCCUAGUCCGGGGUCUUGAUGGCCUUUUCUACGUCCCUUCUUCCAUAACCGGUCGCAUUGGCGUUUUCUCGCUCUCCUCGACAGGUCUGACUAAAAUCGAUGAAAUUGAAGUCGGGAUGCCGAUGGAUAACCUAUCCGUCGACGCCAACGGUGAUAUCUUCGCCGCAGCCUUCCCAGACUCGCUCAAGCUAGUGGAGGUAGUAAAGUAUGCUACUGAUACCAUACUGCCGAGCACUGUGUGGAAGAUUACGAAAGUGGUUGGGGAGUAUGAUGAGAGUGGAAAGGGGAAGAAGAGUGGUUCUGGCAAUUAUCGUGUGUCGAAGUUGUUAGAGGACAGGGAGGGAAAGUUCAUGCCGAGUGGAACGACGGUCGCGGUGCACGAUGCUAAGACGGGGAAGAUCUUCCUUGGGGCUGUCUUAGGUGGACAUGUAACAGUUUGUGAGCCAAUUCCCGUUGCUAAAUAGUGGCCCGCAUGAGCUCUGCAGCAUCACGGACAGUCUUGAAGAUAUUUGUUAUCCUCUGGAGCAGAAAGGGAGAGAGGUAAGCGAUAGGGAGGGUGGAAUUCAAACUUCGGUGAGUUUGAAUUCGCCGAGGAAAUGAAGAAUAGAGGAUGCCAAUCCACUCAGUGUACGAUAACUGGACGAAUGUACAAAAUAUUAAAACAGCAAGAUCUGUGGAUAGAAAUGUGUGUUUAUCAACCAGCAAGAAGUGUUAUUGUCAAAUAAGAGGUGGUAACAUCCUACUCAGUGAGGUAAUACAACAGCCCUUAAGUAAGGGUCUCAUCAGAC